UUGGCUCACAUGUUUUAAUUAAUAACUCGAUUCCAGUUAUCAUCGGGGAAAGAAUCGCAGAAUGUCCGUAUACCGUCAUACAUUGGACUGUCAUAAGCGGAAAGAGAGAGAUUGGUCGAGCGUGAAGUCCGGCCGCCUUUUGACCGCUACCUUGAUGCCCUUCGAUGACUCUGCACCGCGACAUAUCCGUUGGAGAAGAGGUCUCUGGAAAAGUGCCGAUCCUUCGUGGUAAAGAACUGCGGAAACAUCUUGUUCUGUGAACUUCAAGUGCGUCGAGACACGACGCGAGCGAUCUUAGCUCCUUUGCAGUUAUCGUCCCUGCUUUUCGUUGUCGACCGUCUCAUCCUAACUUGCUUAAAUGCAUCCUCGCGCUCUCCACAUGCUUACCCUCGCAGUGACUACGGUUGUAAGAAGUAGUUGCGACGAUAAAGUAAAAUGGUAUUCCGGAUUACGGUCCAUGCUUAAGAAUUGUCCGCUGGAGUCGCGGAACAACUCCGAGCAAGUCGAGAUUCUCGAGACCUUCAGGCGUUGCGUGCAACGGAGAGUCGUCGAUACCUUGGAUGCUCUUCUGGACGAGGAUGUCAUCGCGGUGUUCCACGGAGUCGACUUGGUACGAUUCCGCCCGAACGACGAGAACAGCACAGAAUAUAACAAAAGCAAUCCUUCCGAUGGAUCAGUUGACGACACUAGCUGGUCAAUAAUAAUCUGGAAGCGAUUGACGCACGUUCUGCGGACUCAUGCCUUCAAAGUUGACAUCGAUCACAUGUUUAAUACAGAGUCAGCUACUAAUAAUAUAUCUGAGCCGGAUUUGGAUAGUAACGCUGUUCAAGGUCGAAGACGUCGAAAUCGCCGCCGGCAUCAAUUUCUGCCGAUGAUGAUGUUGGGCUUGCUGUUUAUGGGCUCGAUUUUGAUACCGAUGGGCUUUCAGUUUCUCGCUGUGCUGGGCGGCAAGGCCUUGAUUCUCGCCAAAAUGGCCCUCAUACUAUCCAGCAUACAAGGUCUGAAGAAAAUCGCGACCAGCGGCAUUAAUUAUGGACUAUAUCACUCUCCGGAAGCCUGGCACGACAGGAGUCAUCAGGUGUUUCCCGAGGAGGAAGAACAUUACCCAAUAUAUGUGCCUCCGCACGUUUAGAUCUUCUUCGAGUUAUAUUUUUAGAACAAAACAGAUCGUACAAUGUAUGAAUCCGCGCGACGCAUGAAUCCAGACAGCGUAAAUGUCUAAAAGACGUCUCAGAGACAUACAGGGUGUCUCAAAAGUAAC